UAGCUCGAAGACAAGCAGCAUUUUAAAAUAUAAGCAAGGUAGAUGUAUGUAUUUAUAAAAAUAUUCAUUCAAUGUUCUGAAAAAUAUUUAUACAAAUGAUUUUUUGAAAAACAAAUUUUGGACGGCAUUAAACAUUUUUUAUAGUAUUCAACUUUUUCAUCAUUUCAAAAUAAUAAUUAUUCCUUGCGCCACCAUGAUUUCUUUGACGACGGAUUUACAUUCACGUUCCAAUAUUUAUCAAGGCUGCAACAGCAGAAACUACAAGCCUAGCAAACAUGUUUCUGAAAAAAAUGAAAACACUUAUUGGAAGCCGACAGGUAAUAUAAUAUGUAAAACAAACAGCAUUAUAGCCUAUGACCCUAACCUGAUUGCCAAAAAUAUAUCACCUUUGACUUUCUAUAAGCCAAAACAUAUGCUCCAAGAGAAUGAUACCACAGAAUUUUUUGAGCAAUUGUCGAAUAAUUCUUCCUGCAAUAAAAGCUAUCUGAAGUCGUCAUCCACGUGUUCGUUAUCAUCUUCAUCGUCCCUGCAAGGACCAGUUUUAAGCUUUCACAACGUGAGUUACAACGUAAAAAUCAGAAAGUUUAAGAAGUUCAAGUGGUCGGUUGAAACAAAGAACGUGCUUGAUGACGUUUCAGGUAUCUUCAAGCCAGGUAUGAGUGCCAUUCUGGGUCCAACUGGAUGUGGAAAAUCAACGCUGUUAGACAUUCUGUCUGGACGUAAGAAACAGAAGCAGUUCAACGAGCAGAUUUUGGUCGAUGGCUGCAAAGAAGCACACAGUCUCAAAUGUGCCGCUGGUUACGUCGUUCAGGACGACAUGAUCAUGGGCACGUUGACGGUGCGAGAGAAUCUGAUGUUUUCAGCCAACAUACGACUGCCUCAAUCUAUCUCGCACGCUCAGAAGGCAGACAUCGUUGAUGGCAUCAUCGGCCAGUUGGGAUUAACUAAAUGUGCUCAAACAAAGAUAGGGACCGAUUUCAUAAGAGGCGUGUCAGGGGGAGAGCGCAAACGAACGUGCAUCGGCAUGGAGCUGGUUGUGUCACCUGCAAUUCUCUUCCUUGACGAACCUACAACCGGUCUUGAUGCAUGCACUGCUAAUUCGGUCAUGUCUCUUCUACACAGGUUGUCUAGAAACGGAUUGACGGUUAUAUUUUCAAUACAUCAACCUCGUUACAGCAUCUUCAAAUUGUUCGACACUAUCAUGUUGCUGGGAGCUGGCAAGGUUGUCUACCACGGACCUGCUUGCAAGGCACUUGACUUUUUCUACGACCAAAAUUAUCAAUGCGAGCCUCAUAACAACCCACCUGAUUUUUUCCUGGAUGUCGUCAAUGGUGAGAUCCCCUCAUCCAGAUCUUCACCAUACUGCUCCAACGCUUCCGUAGCAACAUUCAGCAACAACUGCGGUGAAUAUUUCUCACAUUUGAAUUAUUUAUUUGACAUUUUGUUGGAUGUCAAUUUCUACAAAAAUAAACCAUCAAAAAAUAAAUCAAUGGAAAGCCAAAAAAGUAACGAGUCAGAUAAAGACUACUGCACAUCUUUUAUAUCACAGUUGAUCUAUGUGUCGAAAAGAACGGCUGUUAAUGUUCUGAGGAACCCAGCAAGUUCUAUAGCCCAAAUCACUCUAACACUGUUUUUUGCUUUCCUCACCGGAUUGUUGUAUUACAAAAUGACUAUAGACGCCAACAAAGAUAUACAGAACAGGGCCGGCGCGUUUUUCUUCAUAGUGAUGAUUCAGAUGUUUGGAAACAUUUCAGCCGUCGAAUUGUUCCUUAAAGAAAGAAGUUUAUUCAUACACGAGAACAAAAGUGGCUACUACAGAGUGUCCGUCUACUUCGUCUCAAAAAUUUUCUGCGAUUUGGUUCCGCUGAGAUUGUUGCCUGUUGUCCUCUUCAGCAUCAUCACGUAUUUCAUGUUGAAUUUGCAACUGGUGGUCAGUAAGUUUUUCAUUUAUCUUCUGAACUUAUUCCUGACCACGUUCGUUUCUGCUCUUAUGGCGUUCGUUAUCAGUGCAUCCGUAGGCGUUCUUGCUCUGGCGAACAUGCUGGUCGGACUGGUCAUGAUACUUAUGAUGUUAUUUGGAGGAUUGUUAUUGAACAGUGUAUCUAUUCCGCGCUGGCUCAAGUGGCUGGAGUAUUUUAGUUUUAUCAGAUACAGUUACAAGACCUUGCUGAUAAACGAGUUGAAAGACAUGCAAUUUAACAUAUACGAUAAUGGUCAAAUAAUAGCCAACUCAACUACUGUAGCCAACAACUUCUUGAAAGAGCAGGGCGUAGCGUACGAAAGUGACUGGGACCUCUGGCAAAACUUGUUUGCUCUGGGCAUCAGUAUUGUCAUCUUAGGCAUUCUUUGUUAUGUCCAGUUGAGGUUCAUGGUCAGAAAUAGGUAAUUGUCCGAAAUACAUUUACAAAAAGCAAAUAUUAAAUAAAUGCAAUAAUUUAAUCUUAAGUUUGGCUAUAUUGCUAUUAUUUAGUUAAUUAUUCAUUAUUGAACAAUUUUAAUUAGAAAACUUUAGUUUAGUCAUAUUAUUUAUUUUUGUCUCCGGUAUGAACCACUUUCAACUAAUAUAUAAUAUAUCUAUACAUACACUUCUAUUCGUACUGACAGAAUACAUUAAAAUACAAAUAAUUUAAUUAAAACUGUUACAUCUAAUGUACGUGAAAAGAUAUCAUUUUCUAACAGGAAAUUUUUAAAGUUUUUUAAAAUUUGUUUGAAGCUACAAUUCGAUAGCAUUUAAUGAUUGAUUGAGGAAUUAGUUUGAAAAUGUUUUCUUCAAAAAUCACAACCGACGUUAUCUGAAACUUGAAAUUUUAAUUAUUUUUGUUCGAUGAACUUUGACCUUGUUGAAUCUUAACCGCAUCUAAUUAUAUUCAAUUUUAAUGAAUCGUUACAAUAAAACAAAUUUAUUUUGCCUAAAAA